AUGGCAUCCUCAAGUCAGAAUCGGCCACCUCCAGGUCUUCCCAUAUUAUCAGGAAUCCCCGUCGUCGUAGAGGCCUCGCACUGUCGAAAAUGCGACAAAGAAUUCAACCCCCUCUGGCGGCGUAAGAAGACGUGCGGUCAUUGUGGAUAUCAAUACUGCUCCAACUGCAUCUCUGAUGGCCAAGCGCUCAUGCCCCGGCGUCCAGGGCAACAACCGCUGAAUCAGACGCCUCUGGGAGAGAUCAAGAUGGGGCUGGGGAUCGAUGAUGAUAUGGAGGGAAGCCCGGGGUACUACAAGGAGAGCGUAUGUACGUUCUGUUUGGGAAUGCUUCAAGUGACCACCGCCCCCCUCCAACUUCUCCGGUCUUUCCCCAUCAAGCGCCUCAAAAACUACCUCGCAGCGUACAAUAUCCCCUCCAUAGGACUGAGCGAGAAGGAAGAAUUGGUGCAGACGGUCUUUAGGGCUCGAGAUCCGACGACGGGGUGUUUAUCGGCCAUCUGCGAAAAUCAUUUUCGUCGUCAUUCAGUCCCUGGCAAGGUCACCGCUCGACCAAACCCCACCUCAUCCCAACCUCGACCUCCUCCUCCCCCUAACGGUGGAGGUACAUAUGCUUCCUCCUACCAACGCCCCCAACCCCAACAAGCGAGACCGCCCCCUCCCAACUAUGCAAACGCCAGACCUCAGGCCCAGGCUCAAGGUUCGGCAAGAGCGCAUUAUCAGACCCGGCCUCAGCCUUCGUCGCACACUCAAGCGAGACCACCUCCUCCCCAACAAGCUCGACCUGCCCCUGCUCCCACCCCUUCUCGACCUACUCCGGCCGCGCCGAGGUCGCCAGCAGCUUCCACCCCGCCCCCGCCCGUACCUUCUAUCCUCUCUCUCGUCGCACUGCCCGACUCGUAUCUCGCUUCCCUCGGUAUCGGGACACUCAAAGCUAUCCUCUACGAAAAUCAUGUCCGUGUAGACUUUAAACAGGUUUUGGAAAAGGGAGAACUUAUAGCUCGCGUUAAAGAAUUGAUAGAUGAUGAACGUAAACGACUCGAACGCCAACGUAUCGCCGAACAACAAGAAGCCGCCCUCCUCGCCCAAUCAUCCCUUCCUACACAAUCCGCAUCCACGACCGUUCCAAACGGCACCACCGAUCACCCCGAAGUGCCUACAGGAGAAGCCCUCGAAAAGGAAAAAGUUGAAGCGGGCGAAGCCAAAGUUGUCCCUACCGGGCCUAUGCCAGAGAUUGAGAGGGGCCUGUGUGUGGUCUGUCAGGAUGAAGAAGCUACUCUGGCUGUUGUCGAUUGCGGACAUCUUUGUAUGUGCCAACAUUGCUCCGACCUUAUUUGGGCUACGACGCAAGAGUGUCCCCUUUGUCGGACCAGGAUUGUCACAAAACAUCGUCUCAUCAGGAUCUACAAGGUCUAA